AUGGGGAUCUCCAGGGUCUUCCUCGAGCUGUGUCUUUUACUGGGUCCCGGUCUAACUUCAGCUGCUGUGACGCAUUCCACAUCCUGGCCAGGGUUCACCACCGAAUCGAGGUUGGACCUGCGGCUGGUGAACGGAGGGGACCGGUGUCAGGGCCGGGUGGAAGUCCUGUACCGAGGCUCCUGGGGCACCGUGUGUGACGACAGCUGGGACAACAACGACGCCAACGUGGUGUGCAGGCAGCUGGGCUGUGGCUGGGCCAGGGCGGCUCCAGGAAGCGCCCGCUUCGGCCAGGGCUCAGGGCCGAUUCUCCUGGACGACGUGGGCUGCUCGGGCCACGAGUCCUUCCUGUGGCACUGCCCGCACAACGGCUGGAACAAGCACAACUGUGGCCACGGCGAGGACGCCGGCGUCAUCUGCUCAGCUGCUGUCCCGCAUUCCACAGCCUGGCCAGCUGCGGUGACGCAUUCCACAUCCUGGCCAGGCUCGUGGCUGACUUCGACCCCCUCACAUCCCAGAACAACAGGCUCGUGGCUGACUUCGACCACCACUGCUCGUCCCACAACAACAGCUGCGGUGACAUAUCCCACAUCCUGGCCAGGGUUCACCACCGAAUCGAGGUUGGACCUGCGGCUGGUGAACGGAGGGGACCGGUGUCAGGGCCGGGUGGAAGUCCUGUACCGAGGCUCCUGGGGCACCGUGUGUGACGACAGCUGGGACACCAACGACGCCAACGUGGUAUGCAGGCAGCUGGGCUGUGGCUGGGCCAGGGCGGCUCCAGGAAGCGCCCGCUUCGGCCAGGGCUCAGGGCCGAUUCUCCUGGACGACGGCUGCUCAGGCCACGAGUCCUUCCUGUGGCACUGCCCGCACAACGGCUGGAACGUGCACAACUGUGGCCACGGCGAGGACGCCGGCGUCAUCUGUCAGGUGGGCCGGCCUGGGUGGCUCCUCUACUGCGGUGACGCAUUCCACAUCCUGGCCAGCUGCGGUGACGCAUUCCACAUCCUGGCCAGCUGCGGUGACGCAUUACACAUCCUGGCCAGCUGCGGUGACAUAUCCCACAUCCUGGCCAGGAGACCUGUGCACCUCAGGGGCAGGUGCCGGGAGGGGCGUGUGGCCCUGUCAGGGAGGCUGACAGAGGAGGUGGAGGACUCUCAGGUGACGCCUAAGCAAGGCCUUGACGUGUCUCCUCCAGGCUCUUGGCUGCCUUCGACCACCACUGCAGGUCCCACAACAACAGGGUUCACCACCGAAUCGAGGUUGGACCUGCGGCUGGUGAACGGAGGGGACCGGUGUCAGGGCCGGGUGGAAGUCCUGUACCGAGGCUCCUGGGGCACCGUGUGUGACGACAGCUGGGACACCAACGACGCCAACGUGGUGUGCAGGCAGCUGGGCUGUGGCUGGGCCAGGGCGGCUCCAGGAAGCGCCCGCUUCGGCCAGGGCUCAGGGCCGAUUCUCCUGGACGACGUGGGCUGCUCAGGCCACGAGUCCUUCCUGUGGCACUGCCCGCACAACGGCUGGAACGUGCACAACUGUGGCCACGGCGAGGACGCCGGCGUCAUCUGCUCAGGUGGGCCGGCCUGGGUGGCUCCCUCUCCUGACCUGUGCCCAAACCUGCCUGUGUCCUGCCGUCCUCCAGGGUUCACCACCGAAUCGAGGUUGGACCUGCGGCUGGUGAACGGAGGGGACCGGUGUCAGGGCCGGGUGGAAGUCCUGUACCGAGGCUCCUGGGGCACCGUGUGUGACGACAGCUGGGACACCAACGACGCCAACGUGGUGUGCAGGCAGCUGGGCUGCGGCUGGGCCAGGGCGGCUCCAGGAAGCGCCCGCUUCGGCCAGGGCUCAGGGCCGAUUCUCCUGGACAAUGUGGGCUGCUCAGGCCACGAGUCCUUCCUGUGGCACUGCCCGCACAACGGCUGGAACGUGCACAACUGUGGCCACGGCGAGGACGCCGGCGUCAUCUGCUCAGGGUUCACCACCGAAUCGAGUUUGGACCUGCGGCUGGUGAACGGAGGGGACCGGUGUCAGGGCCGGGUGGAAGUCCUGUACCGAGGCUCCUGGGGCACCGUGUGUGACGACAGCUGGGACAACAACGACGCCAACGUGGUGUGCAGGCAGCUGGGCUGCGGCUGGGCCAGGGCGGCUCCAGGAAGCGCCCGCUUCGGCCAGGGCUCAGGGCCGAUUCUCCUGGAUGACGUGGGCUGCUCGGGCCACGAGUCCUUCCUGUGGCACUGCCCGCACAACGGCUGGAACAAGCACAACUGUGGCCACGGCGAGGACGCCGGCGUCAUCUGCUCAGCUGCGGUGACGCAUUACACAUCCUGGCCAGGCACAUGGCUGACUCCGACCACCACUGCAGGUCCCAGUACAACAGGCUCUUGGCUGCCUUCGACCACCACUGCACAUCCCACAACAACAGGGUUCACCACUGAAUCGAGGUUGGACCUGCGGCUGGUGAACGGAGGGGACCGGUGUCAGGGCCGGGUGGAAGUCCUGUACCGAGGCUCCUGGGGCACCGUGUGUGACGACAGCUGGGACACCAACGACGCCAACGUGGUGUGCAGGCAGCUGGGCUGUGGCUGGGCCAGGGCGGCUCCAGGAAGCGCCCGCUUCGGCCAGGGCUCAGGGCCGAUUCUCCUGGACGACGUGGGCUGCUCGGGCCACGAGUCCUUCCUGUGGCACUGCCCGCACAACGGCUGGAACGUGCACAACUGUGGCCACGGCGAGGACGCCAGCGUCAUCUGCUCAGUACGGCAACUUCGCCCGACACCGUCACCUACCAAAUGGGAACAUGCCAUGUCCUCCUGUGCUGGUCCCCACAACCAGCCCACGAUGAGGCUCGUCAGCGGUCCCGGGAGGUGCUCUGGACGGGUGGAGGUUUUCUACCAGGGCACCUGGGGGUCUGUGUGCGGUGACGGCUGGGGGCUGAAGGAGGCUCAGGUCGUGUGCAGGCAGCUGGGAUGUGGCCAGGCGGUGUCUGCCCCCCCGGGCAUCCACUUUGGCCCUGGCUUUGGGAAGAUCCUCCUGGACAACGUGCACUGCAGCGGUGAGGAGAGCCACCUGGCCCUGUGUGCCCACGACACCUGGUUCACUCACAGCUGUGGCCACAAGGAGGAUGCCGCCGUCAUCUGCUCAGGUUCUCUAGCGGCGGACCACUCCCCUCCAGGUAAGACUGAUGUGGGCUAUUUCUGUGUUCCCUCCUACUUACUUCAGUCCUGUCUGGCUGAUAUUUAUCCUGUGCGAAGCAGAAUUAUCAUCAACUUUAUCAUCAACAACAUCCUCAUCGUCAUCAUCAUCUUCUUCAUCAUCACCAUCUUUGCCAUUGUCAGCAUUGUCGUCGUCAUCAUGGUCAUCAACUGCAUCAGCAUCAUCACUGACAUCAGCAUCAUCUCCACUGUCAUCAUCACCACUCAUUAUCACCACUGUCAUAUCAUUACCACUGUCAUCCUCAUCACCAAUGUCAUCAUCAUCACCACUGUCACCAGCAUCACCACUGUCAUCAGCAUCACCACUGUCAUCCGCAUCACCACUGUCAUCCGCAUCACUACUUUCAUCAGCAUCACCAUUGUCAACAUCAUCACCACUGUCAGCAUCACUGCCACUGUCAUCAGCAUCAGCAUCACCACUAACUCUAUGCCUCUGACCUUCUGUGACAACAAGGGGAGAGUAUGCAGCCACGUGGGCCAAAUGAGCUCGCUGUGCCACGGGCAAACAGCCCAUGAGAGCUCACUGCCCACGCCAUCGGCACCGCCAGAGGCUCAGCGCCCGCCUUCUGCCCCUCCAGGCUGGGCCCCCGUGAGGCUGGUGGGCGGCCCUGGGAGCUGCGUGGGCCACGUGGAAAUCUUCCAGGGGCCAGGGGGGCCAUGCGACAAUCUCUGGGACCUGCCGGGAGCAACCAUCGUCUGCAAGCAGCCGGGGCGCGGCUGGGCCAUUUCAGCCCCUGAGGCCCGCUUUGGGGAGGCUCCGGGAAGGUCCUGCCGGAUGACCGGCACUGCCGGGGGACGAGGGCACCUGGAACAGUGGCUGCACCGCGGCUGGCUGGCCCACCACUGCGGGCGCGGGGAGGACGCGGGGAGGACGCGGGCGUGGUCUGCCCAGGCAGGGCCGCGGCGGCUCUUCCAGGACAGUCGCCCGCUGGCUGCCAUGGCAGGGACCAUCGCUGCAGGGACACCUCUGUGCGGGGGCGUCAUCACUCAGUCCUCCGGGGCCAUCCGGAGCCCCCCGCAGGAUGAGCUGCCGGACAACGUGACCUGCGUGUGGGAAAUCAGGGCCCACGCAUCUGAGCACGUGCUGCUGGCGUUUCCGUAUCUGAACCUGAACUGCACCCACGAAUACUUUGAGAUCCUGGACGGCCCUCCAGCCUCAGCAAAGUCCCUGGGGAAGACCUGCUCUGGCUACUACCUCACCUACGCAUCCUCCUCCUGCUCGAUGACCAUCAAGUACUUCCGAAGCCUCAACCACAUCGGGAAAGCCUUCAUCGCUUAUUAUUACUCUGCAGCCCAAGCAACCCUGACAGCAGCACCCAAGGUGGUGACAGCAAGACCAGGGGACUGGCCAGAGCUGCGGCUGGCGGGAGGCUCGGGCCGGUGCUCAGGACGCGUGGAGGUCCUCCACCAGGGCGCCUGGGGCACCGUGUGCGAUGACCUGUGGGACCUGAGCGAAGCCGAGGUCGUGUGCCGACAGCUGGGGUGCGGCUGGGCCGUGUCCGCCCCUGGGAAGGCCCACUUCGGCCCGGGCUCUGGGGCCAUCCUCCUGGACGACCUCCAGUGCGCUGGGGUGGAGCGCCACCUGGGCCAGUGUGGCCACGCCGGCUGGGCAGAGCACAACUGCGGCCACCACGAGGACGCCGGUGUCACCUGCUCAGGGGACUGGCCAGAGCUGCGGCUGGCGGGCGGCUCGGGCCGGUGCUCAGGACGCGUGGAGGUCCUCCACCAGGGCGCCUGGGGCACCGUGUGCGAUGACCUGUGGGACCUGAGCGACGCCGAGGUCGUGUGCCGACAGCUGGGGUGCGGCCAGGCCCUUGCUGCUCCCGGAAGGGCCCACUUCGGCCCGGGCUCUGGGGCCAUCCUCCUGGACGACCUCCAGUGCGCUGGGGUGGAGCGCCACCUGGGCCAGUGUGGCCACGCCGGCUGGGCAGAGCACAACUGCGGCCACCACGAGGACGCCGGUGUCACCUGCUCAGAUGCCGAAGAGCUGCCUCCUCCCACACCUCCAGGUCUUUCUACAGCUUCUCAGGAUCACCUAACAGGAGGAGGAGCCUCCUGUGGAGGUGUCAUCUCCAGCCUCUCCGGCUCACUCUCCAGUCCAUGGUACCCGGACCACUACCCCGCAGACACCCAGUGCGUGUGGGAGAUCCGCGUGGGCAGAACGUUCCGCAUAAGGCUCACGAUUCCCAGUCUGAACCUGGAAGACGCCCUGGGGUGCCCCUACGACUCAGUCGAAAUCUUCGAUGGCCCCAGAAUCGCCGCGCUCUCCGUAGGGAAGUUCUGUGCUCCGGUCCCCGUGAUGUUUUUCUCCUCCUCGGACACCGUGACGGUGGUCUUCCGAAGUGACUCCACAGUCAGCAACACUGGCUUUUACGCUCUGUUCAGUGUGGUUCCCCAGGACCAAGGAGAGUCGGAAGACAGACUGGAGCUGCGGCUGGCGGGCGGCUCGGGCCGGUGCUCAGGACGCGUGGAGGUCCUCCACCAGGGCGCCUGGGGCACCGUGUGCGAUGACCUGUGGGACCUGAGCGACGCCGAGGUCGUGUGCCGACAGCUGGGGUGCGGCCGGGCCCUUGCUGCUCCCGGAAGGGCCCACUUCGGCCCGGGCUCUGGAGACAUCCUCCUGGACAACGUCCAGUGCUCAGGACAUGAGAGCCACCUCAGCCAGUGCCCCAGCUCCAGCUGGUCCGACCACAACUGCGGCCACCAAGAGGACGCUGGUGUCAUCUGCUCAGGUAGCCCCUCCUCCCAGGGCAAAGGUCCUCGAGUUUGGGGACAGCACCACAGCUCAGAAGCCCUUUGUUCCUGUCCCCCAGGUGUGUCCCUACGACUGGCGAACGGCAGCCACAGGUGUGAGGGCCGGGUGGAGGUUUUCUACAACGGCUCCUGGGGCACCGUGUGUGACGACAGCUGGGACCUGACCGACGCCACGGUGGUGUGCCGGCAGCUCGGCUGCGGCCGGGCCCUGUCAGCGCGGGGCUCCUUCGACCGGGGCACCGGCCACAUCCUGCUGGACGACGUGCGGUGCACGGGCAGCGAGGCCCAGGUGUGGCGGUGCCCACACAGCGGGUGGUUCGCCCACGACUGCGGGCACCAGGAGGACGCCAGUGCCGUCUGUGCGGGAGCCUACUCGGGGGUGGCCCUCCGGCUGACCGAUGGCGGUCACCGGUGCGAGGGCCGCGUGGAGCUGCACUACAAUGGCAGCUGGGGGACCGUGUGUGACGACAGCUGGGACCUGCGCGAUGCCCAGGUGGUGUGCGGACAGCUGGCCUGUGGCGAGGCUGUGGCGGCCCCCGGGAGGGCGCAUUUCGGCCGAGGCCAGGGCCCCAUCACCCUGGACGACGUGGAGUGCGUGGGGACCGAGGACACACUCUGGCAAUGCCUGCAUGACGGCUGGUUCUCCCACAACUGCGGCCACCAUGAGGACGCCGGUGUCGUCUGCUCAGAUCUGCCUGUGGUGGUGCACCAGCAGCUGGGCUGUGGGGUGGCCCUGGUGGCCCCAGGAGCAGUCUUUGGUGACGGCCCUGGCCCCAUUUUUCUGGACGACGUGUGGUGCACAGGCAACGAGGCCAGCCCGGGCCACUGCCACCACCUCGGCCUGUCCAUCCACAACUGUGGGCAUCAUGAGGACGCUGGGGCCGUCUGCGCAGCUCCCGAGGCGGCCCUGGACUCAGCAGACUCAGCAGACUCGGCGGACCCGGCGGACCCGGCAAAAUCGGCGGAAUCGGGGGAAUCGGCGGAAUCAGUGGAAUCCGCAGACUCGGGGGAAUCGGCGGACCCGGCGGACCCGGCAGACUCAGCAGACUCGGCGGACCCGGCAGAAUCGGCAGAAUCCGCAGACUCGGGGCAAUCGGCAGACCUGGCGGACCCGGCAGACUCAGCGGACUCGGUGGACCAGGCCGAAUCGGCGGAAUCCGCAGACUCAGAGGAAUCAGCAGAAUCAGGGGACUCGGCGGACCCGGGGGACUCGGCGGACUCGGCUGCUGCGGACCAGCCAGUGCGCCUGGCGGGCGGGCGCAGCCGCUGCGAGGGCCGGGUGGAGGUCAGGCACCAGGACGUGUGGGGCACCGUGUGCGACGACCACUGGGACCUCAGGGACGCCCGUGUCGUGUGCCGCCUUCUGCGCUGCGGCUCUGCGCUCAGCGCCCCGGGGCGCAGCCGCUUCGGGCCGGGCACGGGGCCCAUCCUGCUGGACGACGUGCACUGUGCGGGCACCGAGGACGCGCUGGAGCGCUGUGCCCACGCGGGCUGGGCCCGGCACGACUGCCAGCACCGCGAGGACGCGGGCGUGGUCUGCACAGGUGCAGCUGAGCCUGCGGUGCCCAAGGACCACGCCCAGCUCUCCUGCCUGCCUCACCGCUUCCAAGUCACCAUUGACCGGGGCUAUCUCCGGAGGCUGGGCUACUCCUCCUGGGACGUCCACUUAAAUGAUGAGCUGUGUCGCCCCCAAGUCACGGGGCGCUACCUGAUCUUCAGCAUCCCCUAUGGCCACUGUGGCACCAUCCAGCAGGACAGCCUCGGCUCCCUCAGCUACUCCAACUCCAUCAGAGGCCGGCCGUGGGGCCACCCUGGCCGAGUGGUCGUGCGGCACCGGGUGCCGCAGCUGAAGUUCACCUGCACCGUGGACGGCCCGUCAGCCAUUGAAAUUGUUCCUGGGGUUGACGUCGCGGGGCAGGGCGCCGGCUACGACGUGUCCAUAUCGUUCCUCGAGUUGCCCACGUCCCGGCACAUGGGGCCGUACUACGCCAGCCAGAGGAAGGAGGUCUUCCUCCAGGCCACCCUCCGCAGCCCCGAUCGCCACCUGAGGCUCGCGGUGGACACCUGCGUGGCCUCUCCAGAUCCCCGUGACUUUACGACUGUCAAGCACGAUUUGAUCCGGCACGGGUGCAUCAGGGACAACACCUACGUCAGCCUUCACUCUGACCAGAAGAACAGGGCCCAGUUCAAGUUCAACGCCUUCCACUUUCUCAGCAGCUACGACGUGGUCUACUUGCGGUGUGAAGUCGCCGUGUGCAAAGUGGGGGACCCCUCCUCCCGCUGCUCCCAGGGCUGUGCAGGGCGGAGGCGGAGGGGAGCGGGCGCCGUGGGGGCUACCGAGGUGCAGGCUGAGCAUCUCCAGGUGGUGGGGCCACUGGCGAUCCACAGGGGAAUUGAUCAGAGCAAGAACUUGGUGUGA